GCCAGUACUGCACUGCAGUAUACACAUGUCUGAACAUGACUGAGCCUUCCUCAUGUACGGGCGCGAAUGUCAGGCCUGACUUGAUCACUUAAUCAGAAGAAUCAUGGCUGGUAAAGAAAAGGAGGCAAUUCUGCUGUGCUUAGAUGUUGGACCAUCCAUGAAUCAGGCACCAAGUGGCCAUGCAACAUGUUUGGAGUCAGCAAUUGAUGUUAUAACAUUGCUCCUACAAAGGAAGUUAUUCAGUGAAUCUAAGGAUGAAUUUGGUGUGGUGCUAUUUGGAACUCAAAGAACUGCCAAUCGUCUCUCCAGUGAUGGAUAUGAGCACAUUACCGAAGCGCGACCUCUUGGACCGGUGGAUCUAGAUUUGAUUCAGUACAUCAAGAAUGACAUCCAACCAGGCCCGCACACUGCAGAUUUCAUUGAUGCCCUCGUUGUUGCCCUGGACCUGUUGAAAGAAUCUUCACAAGGGAAAAAGUUCACUGGCUUGCGUCUCUUGUUAUUUUCUGAUCUGGGAGGACAGUUUAGUGAUGACAAACUGGAAGGUGUCAUUAAUGCGCUUAAAGGACUACAAGUUGAGCUCAAUUUCAUUGGGCCUAAAGUUGAGGAUGAAGAUGACGAUGAUGGCCAUGUUACUAGGACGGACAAUAACCAAGAUGAUAAUGGUCCAUCUACAAGCGAUGGGAGAACGGGGCUGAGGAGACCCACACAAAAAGAAAAGACACCCCAACAGAGGGCCGGGGAAGCGUUGCUUAAGCACAUUUGGAAAGAAGUUGAGGGAGAACACUACUCUUUCAGUGAGACUUUGUCACUUCUAAGCUUCUUCGAAAAGCGUGCAGUGAAGCAGACAGCAUGGAAGGCCAAUCUGGAGAUCUGCCCAAGCCUCCAAAUUCCAGUCUGUGGAUAUCUGAAGGUGAAACAGAGCACACAGAAAUCUUGGAAGUCGACAUACAUAAAAGGAAAAGGGAAGGAGUACACGCCCAAGACAAUACGCUCCCAACAUCUGAACGAUGAUGAAGAAACCGAGGUCGAGAGUGAGGAAAUCAUAGAAGGUCAUCGUUAUGGCAGUGACAUCAUACCCAUCUCAGAAGAAGAUAAAGUGAAUAUGGGUUACAAACCUCCAGGUAAAGUCAUGCAAGUCCUGGGCUUCACAAAGCAAGAAAAUAUCAAGCGCCACCAGCAACUGGGAAGCAGCGUCUAUUGCUUUGUAGCGGAUCCUUCUGAUCAACCUGGAUGUGUAGCAUUAUCGGCCAUCAUCAACGCUUUGUAUGAAACCAACUCAGUAGCCAUUGUACGUAGAACCUACUCAGCAAGGAGCAAUCCUCGUCUUGCGUGCUUGAUACCACACAUUAAGGCUAAGUAUGAGAGUUUGUUGUACAUUGAGCUGCCGUUCAUGGAAGACUUACGACAGUAUACAUUCUCAUCUCUCAGUUCCAAUAAGAAGAAUCAGCCCUCUGAUGAACAACUCAGCGCUGUUGACGAUCUCAUCACCAAUAUGGAUCUCAUGAAGGCCAAUGUGAAUGAAGAUGGUGAAGAAGAGGAAGCAUUGAAGCCCAAGUUGACAUUCAAUCCUUACUAUCAAAGGCUGUGCCAGUGUUUGAUGCACAGGGCACUGAACCCCACGGCGGCAUUGCCUGCCUUGUCACCCGCCAUAGCCGAGUAUUUGCAGCCUCCCAGGGCAUUGUCUGCGGAGUGUUCUUCAUGUGUCGACAAAAUCAAAGAGCUGUUCAAAUUGGAACGUGUGAAGAAACAAGAAGCAGCCUCAGCUGAAAGCUUGUGGAAAGACAGUGACGUCAACGCAGCAGGCCCUGCAGCCAAGAAGCCUCGCCUUGAUGAUGACGCAGUAGACACAACAGACUUCAGCAUGGCAGGCAUGGCCAAAGGAGCUGUCCAGGAGGUUGGUACUGUAGAUCCUGUGGGAGAUUUCAAGGCAAUGAUCGGUCAGAAAGAUCAAGACAGAUUCACUCAAGCUUCAGACCAAAUGCAGAAUCGUAUCAGCCAGUUGGUGCGUGAUUCCUUUGGUUCCCAGUUCUACAGCAAGGCCAUGGAGUGCCUUAAAACAUUAAGAGGAGCAUCUAUUGAGCUUCAUGAGCCUGGCCUUUUCAACCAGUUCCUGAGAAAGCUGAAAGAAGAACUGAAAGAAAUCUUCAAAACAGACUUUUGGAGCCAAAUCAUUUCAGAGAAAGUAACUUUAAUAGAUACGUCUGAAAGCAGCGAGAGUACUGUCUCCAAAGUGGAGGCCACAAAGUUUCUUGAAGAAACCACAGAGGAGGAAGAAGUUGCCCCUGCCCAAGCUGAUGAAGACGCUGAGGAUCUGCUGGACAUGAUGUAGGAGCAUGGUCAAGAAACGUUUCAUCACAGGCCUAGAUAAAGAUGGGGCCGUAGAAGAGAGUUCAUGCAGCAGUGAACGACGGGAUAUACUGACGACACGUUUUAGUUCUGUGAUUCAUACGUUGUACCUUAGAAGCUUCUGCAUUUGUCAUGAUUGGAUGCCAUGGAAAGGGAAAAGAUGGCUAUCAAGAUAACUAGGCAAACUGCUGUAAUUUUUAGCUUUGAUUUUCACGUUAUUUCUACCACGUAUUUUCAUUUCACAUAAUUAUGUCAAAUAGUGAUCAGCUGCUUUCUUAUUUAGUCUCUUUCAAGGUUGCCAUGGUGAUUCAGAGAAGUGAUAAGAAUCAGUGAAGUUAGCAGAAUCACUGAUAGACCUUUUCUCAACAAUUAGAUGGCAAAAUCACCAAUGGAAGCCAAACAAGUUUUUUUUAGACCCUUGUUUUGCAUAUUGCUACCAGUUUGCUUGUGGCAUGCUUAUUCGUAGCUUUAAAAAUAGUAUUUCAGCUUUUGUUAUACGUAAUGAUUGGUAAUCCUCCCAUUAACUGUUCCUUGAACACUAAAACAAAGGGAUAUAUUCACUGCUUUCCAA